AUGACAACCGAUCGAUAUUAAUUACUAAUUUUUGAUGAGGAACUCGUGCAGUUUAAAAUUUUGAUUAUAACUAUAGGAACCCUAUUCACGAUGAGUCCUCUCUUGAACAUCUCAUGACUAUGUGUAUUCAACAAUGCACUCAUAAUUAAAACAAGAAACCAUCUUGUUCGAAGUAGACAUUCACCAAGGAUGAAGACAAAGAGAUCCUCAAACACGUAUUUCAACAUGGACCAAACUUUAAUAAGAUUGUCAAAUAUUUCCCAGGUAAAACGAUGAAUAUGAUAAAAAAUCGUUAUUAUAAGAAACUUCGUUAUCUAAAAUAGGAAUUGGAUGUGGAUAAUCCUUGGGUGUCCAUUUGCAACAAUUCUAAAAUUACAAAAAAUCAUUGA